CCGUGGCAGCGGCGGCGGCCGAGGGCGCGCGGCAGCCAUGGGGGUGCGCGGCGCGGGCCGGCUGUGGUGGGGCACGGUGAGCUGCACUUUGUUCCUGGCAGUUAAUGGUUUGUAUUCGGCCAGUGAUGAUGUGAUAGAGCUCACACCAACUAACUUCAACAAAGAGGUCAUUCAGAGUGACAGCCUGUGGCUGGUGGAGUUCUAUGCCCCAUGGUGUGGUCAUUGUCAAAGGCUAACUCCUGAGUGGAAGAAAGCAGCAACAGCUUUAAAAGGUGUAGUGAAAGUGGGUGCAGUAGAUGCAGAUAAACAUCAGUCCUUGGGUGGACAAUAUGGAGUCAGAGGGUUUCCAACUAUCAAGAUAUUUGGAGCCAACAAAAACAAAGCAGAGGAUUAUCAGGGUGGCAGGACAAGUGAUGCUAUAGUUGAUGCUGCUCUAAGUGCUCUUCGGACCCUGGUGAAAGAACGUCUUAGUGGCAGAAGUGGAGGAUACAGCUCUGGAAAACAGAGCCGGGAGAGUGGAGGUGGAGAUAAGAAGGAUGUGAUUGAGCUGACAGAUGACAGCUUUGAUAAGAAUGUCAUAAAUAGUGACGAUGUGUGGAUGGUGGAGUUUUAUGCCCCAUGGUGUGGGCACUGCAAAAACCUGGAGCCAGAAUGGGCAGCUGCUGCCACUGAGGUGAAGGAGCAAACAAAAGGAAAAGUAAAGCUGGCUGCAGUAGAUGCAACAGUCAAUCAGAUGCUGGCAAGCCGAUACGGGAUUCGUGGAUUUCCCACCAUUAAAAUCUUCCAGAAAGGAGAAGACCCUGUUGAUUAUGAUGGUGGGAGAACUAGAUCUGAUAUCAUUGCUCGUGCUCUGGACCUGUUUUCUGAUAAUGCACCACCACCUGAGCUCCUGGAGAUAAUUAGUGAGGAUGUUCUGAAAAGUACCUGUGAUGCUCAUCAGCUCUGCAUCAUUUCUGUCCUGCCUCAUAUUCUUGACACAGGAGCUUCAGGCAGAAAUUCUUACCUGGAUGUCAUGUUAAAAAUGGCUGAAAAAUACAAAAAGAAAAUGUGGGGGUGGCUGUGGACAGAAGCAGGUGCUCAAUCAGAUCUUGAGAGCUCUCUGGGGAUUGGAGGCUUUGGGUAUCCAGCAAUGGCAGCUGUUAAUGCUCGGAAGAUGAAAUUUGCCCUUCUGAAAGGAUCAUUCAGUGAGCAAGGGAUUAAUGAGUUUCUCAGGGAACUCUCUGUUGGUCGUGGUUCUACAGCACCAGUGGGUGGUGGAGCUUUCCCCAAAAUUCAUUCAGUUGAACCUUGGGAUGGCAAAGAUGGUGAGCUUCCAGUUGAAGAUGACAUUGAUCUCAGUGAUGUGGAUCUGGAUGACUUGGGUAAAGAUGAGCUGUGAGAUCUUCAGGAAACUUCUUUUCUUGGGAGAGCCUGCGCAGCAGUUUGCAGCCUGGAUCACAGUCAGACAGAUAUUUCAGUGGCCUUUUUUUGGAGAAGUAGCACAUGACACAUUGUGCUAUUGGGUGCACUGCAGCAGUGGACUGUACGCAUCUCAAGAAAACAUUGCAGAAAUUCUAUGAAUUGUCAUAACCAGUAAACUUGAUUGUAUUCUGUGUAACAAAUAUUUUGAGGACAACAUGGAUAUUUCUUUGGAACAUCUUGGGUUUUAUUUUGUUGAUAAUGUGCUGUUUGAGUGUUUACUGGAGGCUGUUAGUGUAACCAAUUUUAACUGUAAUUUUUUUCAUGGAGGUGGAACCUGCUCAGCUUCUGUUUCAAUUAAAGAAUAAAAUAUUUUUUGACACACAGUGUUAGUCUUGUAUAGAGUAAGAAAGGUGCACAUAGUACAAGCAGUCCCAUUUUGGACUCUUGAAAGUUAACUGUAUAAUAGAGAGGCUUGUGCAGAGAGGAGUCCUAAACCACUUCCUUGCUGUGAGAUCUUGACAGUUUGGCUAAAGCUUGAUAAAAUGGACAAUCUUAGUUUAAAUGGUCUUCAGUCUUCCUUUUCCUAUUCCUUCUCAGGGGCUUUCUCUUUCUUUAUGCCAGGCUUCAUAAGAUCAUUAAAACAAUGGAAGUGGGUUGCUGCUGCAGUGAGUGAUGCUGGGAGCUGUUGGUCUUUCCCCUGGAUUAGUGAUGAAGCUAAUCUGUGUUUUAGGGCAUAAGGAUUUCCAGGUGCUAACAGAAAACCACCCUGGUGCUGUCUCCAGCAAAUAGAGUAAUAUUUCUUCACUUCCCAUCUGGCAUUGUUUUGAUCUGAAACUGCUAUUUCCUUUGGAAGGGGAAUCAGGACUGUGAUAGGGAUGUUUGCUGCUGCUUUUUUAAUAAAAAUACUAUUAUUUUAUUGCUCUCCA